GUUCUACCAAGCAGACAUAACCUUCCCAAGGAAAUAGUGUAAGCCAAGUGCCUCGGUGUGAUCCCACCACCCACGACUAGAACAGUGUUUUUCUUAAAGCUGGGAUUUGAAGGAGCUGUUCUGAGAUCUGUGCUGCUAUCACUCUGUGUAUGCCUUAUUUCCUGGGUCUACGGGAAGUAUGUGCCUAUUGAGACUUGUGACCAGAAGAAAGCAAGACAUCUUCACAAGGCCCACCAGACACUAAAAAACGUGCCCCCAAGUCGGAGGAGCUAGGACACAAACAUGGCCGACAGCGCACUUGGGGAUCCUCCGGAGGUAGACUCUCAGGAGGAUUUGGAAAACGGGCCACCAGUCAGUCUCCCGGUGCAGGGGACCGCAGUCACAGCAGGUGCCACUGAAGGGGCACAGACCCCACCGUCUUCACCCCACCUAGCUGCAGACCACCAGGAGGUGGAGAGAGAAAGCCCACCCGGUGUAGCCGCAGCUGAGUCGUCGGCGGGCCUGGGUCAGACAGGUCUCCUAGAGCACCCCGAGGGUAAAGGAGAAGAUGAGACCAAGCCGAGGUGCCAGGAUGGGGAGCGAGGUCAUGGCCUCCCUGCAGGAAAGCUGGGUGAAGAACCCUCAGAUCUGGAUGCUAACACUUGUCUGAGCGCCCCAGCAGGAGGAGCAGGUGAACACUUAAUGGGCGGCUCUGCAACCCUCCCUGAGGAAGUGAGCGCCGGGACGGGAGCUGCUGUGGCCUCGCCUGCUGGAGCCUUGCACGAGGUCCAGGCUCCUGGUCAGCCCAGUGCAGGGCUGGACAGCCGGGACCCGCUGAGGAGGCGACAGCCUGCUCCAGUAGACUCUCAGGAGGAUUUGGAAAACGGGCCACCAGUCAGUCUCCCGGUGCAGGGGACCGCAGUCACAGCAGGUGCCACUGAAGGGGCACAGACCCCACCGUCUUCACCCCACCUAGCCGCAGACCACCAGGAGGUGGAGAGAGAAAGCCCACCCGGUGUAGCCGCAGCUGAGUCGUCGGUGGGCCUGGGUCAGACGGGUCUCCUAGAGCACCCCGAGGGUAAAGGAGAAGAUGAGACCAAGCCGAGGUGCCAGGAUGGGGAGCGAGGUCAUGGCCUCCCUGCAGGAAAGCUGGGUGAAGAACCCUCAGAUCUGGAUGCUAACACUUGUCUGAGCGCCCCAGCAGGAGGAGCAGGUGAACACUUAAUGGGCGGCUCUGCAACCCUCCCUGAGGAAGUGAGCGCCGGGACGGGAGCUGCUGUGGCCUCGCCUGCUGGAGCCUCGCCUGCUGGAGCCUCGCUCGAGGUCCAGGCUCCUGGUCAGCCCAGUGCAGGGCUGGACAGCCGGGACCCGCUGAGGAGGCGACAGCCUGCUCCAGUAGACUCUCAGGAGGAUUUGGAAAACGGGCCACCAGUCAGUCUCCCGGUGCAGGGGACCGCAGUCACAGCAGGUGCCACUGAAGGGGCACAGACCCCACCGUCUUCACCCCACCUAGCCGCAGACCACCAGGAGGUGGAGAGAGAAAGCCCACCCGGUGUAGCCACAGCUGAGUCGUCGGUGGGCCUGGGUCACACGGGUCUCCUAGAGCACCCCGAGGGUAAAGGAGAAGAUGAGACCAAGCCGAGGUGCCAGGAUGGGGAGCGAGGUCAUGGCCUCCCUGCAGGAAAGCUGGGUGAAGAACCCUCAGAUCUGGAUGCUAACACUUGUCUGAGCGCCCCAGCAGGAGGAGCAGGUGAACACUUAAUGGGCGGCUCUGCAACCCUCCCUGAGGAAGUGAGCGCCGGGACGGGAGCUGCUGUGGCCUCGCCUGCUGGAGCCUCGCUCGAGGUCCAGGCUCCUGGUCAGCCCAGUGCAGGGCUGGACAGCCGGGACCCGCUGAGGAGGCGACAGCCUGCUCCAGGGACUGGAAGUCAUGAACAGGAAACACAAACAUUAGAAGAAGUCAAAGAGAAUAUGCAGGACACCAUCAGAAAGAUGAAGGAUUCCUGGAGCUACGGGGGCGCCCUUCUCAGCUGCCUGGCCGUGCUCGUGGUGCUGAGUACCGUCCACAGCUACUAUUCCUCCCCCGCGCAGCAAGUGCCCCGGAACCCAGCCUUGGAGGCCUUCUUGGCUCAGUUCAGCCAGUUAAAAGAGAAAUUUCCAGGCCAGAGUUCCUUCGUGUGGCAGAGAGGGCGAAAGUUUCUUCAGAAGCACCUCAACUCCUCAGACCCCAGCGAGCCGGCCACCAUCAUCUUCACCGCGGCCCGGGACGGGAGGGAGACCCUCAGGUGCCUGAGCUACCACGUGGCCGACGCCUACACGUCUUCCCACAGGGGCUCGGUCAUUCAGCUGGACGGCGCCCAGAGGAGCUCUCAGGACAGUGACACCGUCAAGCUCUGGGUGGACCUGGAGCUGAGCUCGGGAUUCGAGAACGGCCAGAAGGCUGCCGUGAUCCACCAUUUUGAAUCCCUGCCCGCGGGCUCCACCUUGAUUUUCUACAAAUAUUGUGAUCACGAGAAUGCGGCCUUUAAAGACGUGGCCCUGGUCCUGACCGUGCUGCUAGAGGAAGAAACAUUAGCAGCGAGUGUGAGCCCCAGAGAAGCAGAAGAGAAAGUGAGGGACCUGGUCUGGGCCAAGUUCACCAGUUCAGACACCCCCAGCUCCUUCAGCCACGUGGACUCGGACCAGCUGAGCGGGCUCUGGAGCCGGAUCUCACACCUUGUGCUGCCAGUGCAGCCUGUGAGGGGCAUCGAGGAGCAGGGCUGCCUGGUGUGA